AUGAAGUCCCCGGUGUCUGCGUGCUGCCUGUUCUCUCUGCUGAUCCUGUCUGCUGCAGAUCUCCUGGCAGGUUCUUCCAUCCACGAUGAGGAGCCUCUGGUGCAGCUGCACCUCCAGCAGUCAGAGGGAGAACUCUUCUCCUGCGGGUGUGACACAUCAGAGGAACACUCCAGUCAGAGCUCCUCCAACGACACCCCGGCCCCAGAGAGGGCCAUGUGUCCGCCCUGCACUCCAAAACCAGCUGUGGAAGAAGAAGAAGAGGCAACCUCCACCCCAGAGCAGGUAGAGGAGAAGGAGGAAACAGCCUCCGCUGAGGAGGAGCAGGACGAUUCCACUUCCCAGGAGAGGGUAAAAGAGGAGGAGGGAGAAGAAGGAGAGGUGAUAUCUGAGGAGGAGCUAAGUGCUGAGGAGGAGAAAUUAACUGAGGUUGUGUCAUCUGAAGAGGAACCAGAGGAGAAUACUGAGGCAGAGGAAGAUGAAACAGAGGGUACAUUAUCUAAUGAGGAAGAAGAGGGAGUGACUGAACCUCAGGAAGGAGCUGUAGAAGACGAGAUGGCUGAUGCUGAAGAAGUUUUAGAAACAGUUGAGGAACCAGAAGGUGAAGACACAGAGGAGGACACAAAGGCAGCAGCUGGUGAGGAUGAAGACGAGGAGGAGGAGGAUGCUACUGAGGAGGAGGAAGUUGCUGUUGCUAAGGAUGAAGCUGAGGAAGAGGAGGAGGUGGAGGAAUUGAAGGAUGCUGAAGAGGAGGAAGAGGCUGCUGCUGCUGCUGAGGCAGAACUGGAGGAGGUUGCUGUAGCAGAUUCUGGACCAGAGGUCACAAUAGAAUCUGAUGCUGAACCUAAGAUAUAUUCUGAACCAGAGAAAGAACCAGAGUCAGAGCCUGAGAUUAUUCCAGAGCCUGAACCAGCUAUGAGUCCUGAGGUGGAGCCAGAACCUGUUGAUGUUGUUGAGGGGGAAGCAAUGGAGGAGAAAGCUCAUGCUGCCCCUGAGGAGUCCUUAGAGUCUGACAUCAAAGGUCCUAAGGAGGAAGAGGCAACAGGUCCAAAACUGAGGGACCGCUCCCACAUCGAGAACACACUUCAGCUGGCCACUUCUGAACCCUCAGCAGAGUUCACGGCUGCGAUGAAGACGCUUUUGAACAGCUACCACACAGCCAUCAAACCAAUGGAGGAAGCGUUCAAGUACAACGAGCUGAGGCAACAUGAAGUCACAGAUGGUGAGAUCACGUCCAAGCCCAUGGUUUUGUUUCUGGGACCCUGGAGUGUCGGCAAGUCGUCCAUGAUCAACUACCUGCUGGGUCUUCAUGGCACACCACAACAGCUCUACACAGGUGCCGAGCCCACCACCUCUGAGUACACCGUCAUAACGCAUGGUGAGAAGUUUCGGACCAUAGAGGGCAUUGUUAUGGCGGCAGACAGCUCACGGUCUUUCUCUCCACUGGAGAGGUUUGGCCAAGGCUUCCUGGAGCGGCUGGUGGGCAUCGAGAUGCCACACAAGCUGCUGGAGAGGGUGACCUUCGUGGACACACCCGGCAUCAUCGAAAACAGGAAGCAGCAGGAAAGAGGUUACCCGUACAAUGAGGUAUGCCAGUGGUUCAUCGAUCGAGCCGAUCUGAUCUUCCUGGUGUUUGACCCCACCAAGCUGGACGUGGGUGGCGAGCUGGAGAUGCUUUUCACGCAGAUGAAGGGCCGCGAGUCCCAGAUCCGCCUCAUCCUCAACAAGGCCGACAGUCUCACCACACAGGACCUGAUGAGGGUCUACGGGGCCCUGUUCUGGAGCAUGGCACCACUAAUCAACGUAACGGAGCCGCCUCGGGUUUACGUCAGCUCCUUCUGGCCUCAGGACUAUGCUGCGGACACCAGCCGAGAGCUCUUCAUGAAGGAGGAGAGCUCUCUGCUCGAGGACCUUAACCAGGUGAUCGAGAACCAGAUGGAGAACAAGAUCGCUUUCAUCCGCCAGCAUGGCAUCCGUGUGCGCAUCCAUGCCCUGCUGGUGGACCGCUACCUCCAGACCUACUACGACAAGCUGGGCUGGUUCAGCGACCCCUACGAAGUGUUCCAAGACAUUGUCAAUGACCCAGACAAGUACUACAUCUUCAAGUCCAUCCUGGCCAAGACCAACGUCAGCAAGUUCGAUCUGCCCAACAAGGAGGCCUACCAGGACUUCUUUGGCGUGAACCCCAUUUCCAGCUUCAAGCAGCUCUCCUCCCACUGCAGCUGGUCCGGCGGCUGCCUGCUGGAGAAGAUCGAGAAGGCCAUCUCGCACGAGCUCCCAGCUCUGCUCAGCGGCAUCAGCAAGACUAUGGUCGCGCCUGCCCCAACUAAACCCGUACCAACAACCCCUCCACCUCUCCCUGGCACCUGUGAUGGUCCCAGUUGUGAAGAGAAACCCAAGAAUCGUUGGAGGAGGCAGUGAGCUGGAGGAGGAGGAACAGAGGAGGCAGAUGGUGGUGGCAGCAGCAGCAGCCACAGGGUCUUUCUGUUAUCCCCACAUGUUGUGACUUCCAAGAGUGGAUGUGGGGAGACUGAACAGAGAAUGGGAGAGAAAAGAGUGUGAAAUGUAAAAAGAUAACGUGGCAAGCAGACUUGGGUCAGAUAGUAUUUAACAAUGUGUAUUUUAUCUGUAAGAUUGACCAUUUCCACAGUGGGACACUUGUGGUAUGUUUAGAUGUUAGAAAAAGUUGACACGUACUUUUCUAUGACUGUAUAAUGAUCUGCGACACAUUGUACACUGUCGUGUAUGACAGCUAGUACUUGUGUAGGUGCAAAGAAACAAAGGAAAGAGUGUGAGUAUUUUUGACUACAGUGUGUGACUAAAAAGUGUGUGAAGAGUUGACUUUUUCUUGUUGUCUGAGAGACUCUUUGAUCUCAGAAAAAAUAAAUAAAUAAAGCCUUUAUUUCCACAGGAGUGAUGGUGAUACAGUAUAUUACUGAAAUCUAAGAAUGGUCGUUGUAUUAUUUUAUGUUUUUUUUGUCUGUUUUCAAGUUUGUACAUUAUUUAUUCAAGUGUCUUUCCUUAGACAUAAACACAGAAGAUCUAAAAAUGCUCUUACGUCAUCUGUGUCGUUUGCAAAGUCUGACGAAUCUGUCGAAUCUGCUGUGGGCACACACUGUAUUUCCAGCGGUGGAACAAUAAAAAGAGGAGAGAGGGGAA